AUGGAGUCUCACACGUUUGGGAAAUGGGACUACGCAGUGUUUGGUGUUAUGGUGGCCGUCUCGGUGAGCAUCGGUAUAUACCACGCCAUAGUCGGCAGGCAUGGUAAACUGGACGAGUACCUGCUGGCUGGACGCUCAAUGACUUUCUUCCCUGUCGCACUGUCGUUGAUUGCAACGUUCACGUCGACCAUCACCAUGUUGGGAGUGUCGGCAGAGGCGUAUAGUCAUGGCAUCAUGUGGAUUCUCAGUGAGAUAGCCUUCUCCACGGGACAGCUUCUGGAAAUGUUCCUCCUGUUGACCGUUUUGAAGAAUCUGAAUAUCUCAAGCCCAUUUCAGUAUCUCGAGGGUCGCUUCCAAUCCAAAGCUCUCCGCCUGAUCGCGACGUCAGCGUCGUGUGUACAGACUAUUUUCUACAUGUGCAUCGUUCUGGUUGGACAAGGGCUCGCGUUGGGUGCUGCGGAAUGGACUAUCACAAGCACCGACAGUCGAAUGGAGAAUAUUCUACCAACUGAGAUGCAUCCGAUGGCAUUUGUUGCCCGCAACGAUAUCAACACCAGUGUCAUGUGGUGUCCUGACCAUCAGGUCAAGUUAUCUUCCUCCACACGACUCAAU